AUGACAAGCCAACCUCUUCUCCGCGACUAUACGAUUAUAUUAUCUGACAAAGACAUAGACACAGAAGACGUCAAUAGUAUGAGCAACAAUCUGCUGCCUUCGAAAGGGAAGAAGAAGAAAAUCUCUUUUCUACAAGACGAUGACUUUUUUGUCAUAAAGAAGAGUAAAAAGCAAAAGACUCCAUCGUCGGCAUUGGUCGAACAUCAAGAAUCAAAUCCACCUUCUGAAAGACAGACAUCCGAACCCCAAUCCAUUAUCACACCUCAAGCCACAGACAAUUUAGAGUCCGAUGAUUUGUAUCAGUCGUUUCAUUCUGCCCGAGAUUCAUUUUCUGUUACUGAUGCAGAUGAUGAUCUGGAAACAUUGCAAGUGACAGGGCAUGCAAGAACAGCUUCCAAAGAAGUCCAUGAAAGACUAGACGAUUCUAUAGAAGAGAUUGACGAUGACGACCUCAAUACUUUUUUUAAAGAAAUCAAGAGUUCCCGACAUCUCGAUAAGACAAACACCACUAGCGAACGCACUCGCAUCUAUAUCAUCAGAAUCAUUAACAAAUAUGGCCUUCCCCUUGAGACUGAGGUAGCUGUUUCAGGCGACAAAACUUUUGGAAGCAUCUUGGACGACUUAGACAUGGGAGACAAGGAAUACCCAGUACUAGGUGUGAACGGUGCUUUGGUUUGGGUCGAAGGAAAAUCAGAGCUCAAACGGUUUUUUAAACCCAGCACACUACGAAUCCCUAUUCCUACCGAUGGAGAUUCGACCAGAUUGACAGUUUUAUAUAUACCGCCUGAGAAUGUGGAUCGAUUCGAAAGCAUUUAUCCUGAGUUUCAGGAUACACAUAAUAAUAAUCUGCAAAACGUCAUUGAUCUUCUGGAUACCAGUGAUGAAGGAGGGCAGCAGACCUCAGCAGUUUCAGAAACGCUUUCGAAGCAGAGCUAUUUCAUUAUUGGACUAAAGGGGAAAGACAAUAAGCGAAUAGAGUGUGAAGUGGGACCAGAUACAAAAAUACGGGAUUUAUUGUGCUAUUAUAUUAAAGUGAAGGGCAUAGAUGAAAACACCGUGCAGCAUCCAAAGUUGGUUUUUGACGAUGAGGAGUUAGAUCUCGAAGGUUUGGUAAAAGAUACAGAAUUGGAGGAGGAGUUUGAGGUGCAAGUAUAUAUAUAA